UGAGUAGUUUUCACCAAAAAAUCUUCCGGUACCAUCUGCUUAAAUAGCCAAACCAUCUGAAAUAAGUUUCAUUUAGGCAGAAGUACUGCGUAUGUUCUGUCUGCCGUCAAACAAAACCAUGAAGGGUUCUGCAAUUAUUGCGUCGUGCGUUUUGCUGAGUAUGGUCACGUGGUCACAGUGUUUGCCUUACGGCGGAUACCAACAGCAGGCCCAGUCGUAUGGCGGUCACGAACAGUCGUACAGCAACUACCCCCACGGGCAACAACAACAGGUGGCGGAGCUGUACAGCCAUCACACACCACAGGCACAGGAGGAACACGAGGACCAUCAUCACGAGCCGGUGAACUAUUCGUUCCACUACGACGUGCACGACCCACACACGGGUGACGUGAAAAGUCAGCACGAGACGAGGUCCGGCGACGUAGUGAACGGAUUCUACACGCUGGUGGAACCGGACGGCACCAUCCGGACUGUCAAGUAUACGGCGGACAAGCACAACGGAUUCAACGCCGUGGUGGACCGCAAGAAACCGAACUUUGACGUCGGUCCAUUCAACUAUCACCAACAGAAACCACAACAACAACACCACUAUAAUUGACGACGUCUCAUACACACCUAUUACACGGUCACAGGUACAGUGGCGUGCUCAGCUUUUUUUUAAAAGGGAGGGGAUAUGAAUUUUCGAUUAUUUUCAGACCACGUUUUAACAAAAAAAUAUGUAAAUUCUCGUAUUAACUCGGCGAUGCUGUAGUUAAUUAUAUAAUAUAUCAUUAAUCGUGUGUGUAAGGGGAUUUCGCAUAGUUUGUCAUUAAUGUAACGUCUUGACGUAAAUCAUGGUAAAUGGCGGUAAAUAUGCAUUCAUUAAAUUUACCGUGCGUUUUAUUUUCAUCGAUAAACUUAUGUGAAAAGCUAAAAAUCACACAGAAAAACAUUUAAAACGAUAGAAAAAAAAGCAAAUAUUGGAGGAUAUUAUACCACUUUCACUACGAGCAAAUCCCUGUGAAGUACCUAAAAUAAUAUUUUUAUCGUUUCGCUCGUUGUAUAAACAACAAUUCGUUACGCUAAAGCUUACAAUCAUUAAUUGUUUCUUCCACCCCACCAGCCAUUUACCACGUCAUUUACUCAUUUCAAUACAUUUUAAAUAAUUUCAUAGUUCAAAAUACGCGUAAGUAUGUGUAUAAUUAUAUUAUUAAUAAAUUAUAUCCCUACUUUUUAAUACAAAAUACUAAUUCAAAAUUACGGAAGACAUAAACACAAAAUAAAACGAUCAUAUAUAUAAUAUAUUACUCGUAACUAAAUUCCUUACAGUAACGCGAUUAAUUAUAUAUUUUUAAUGACAUCUUAUAUUCAAUAAUUAAGUGUUCUCGUAGAAAAUAUUUCCUCAUACAUUUAGAAUAGCUGUUAUAUAUUUUUGUUCCUAACUAUCUCCCUCCCAUCCUUCCCAUGAUCUUAAUUACCUAUAUGGCAAUAUAAUACGUUUGUAUAUUAUUUACCUCAUGUUAUGUAUAUUCUUAUAUAUUAUAGUUUUGUUUUUUUCGCUGUAAAUAAUAAUUAUGUUUUCAUUUAUUUACUUAAUUAUUAGGUUUAUUUUUCGAUUUAUUAAUCUCAUAAAUACAAUGAUAAUAAAAAUGUUCUCGAGUACACUACACCCAUCACACGCUGAGCAUCCAUAAUCUAUGAAGUUUGAUCAUCUACGAUGUUUAAUGUUUAUACUGUUAUGACUAUACUGUUAAUUUUUUUUUUUAUAUAUAAAGCUAAUAAGGUGACUAAACACAUUAUGAUUUAUGAUAUUAUGAUGUAUGAUGAGAAGAUGUUUAUUUCAAAAAAUAUUGUUUGAUUGUUAGCGUUUUGUAAAUUUUUAAAUAAAUAUAAUAACGUUUUUUUUUUUUU